CACGCGCGUCUCCGCGCUCCGCAACAGGUGACUCGUGGAUGCCAGCAUGAAGGGCCGCCACCAGUUCCGGCGCAGGUUCAGCCUGCAGCCCUCCUUCAUGAAGGAGGAACCGGAUGAGGAGAGGAGACCGCAUAGAACUGAAAGAACGGACACAAUCGCUAGCAGCACAAACCUAGUGAAUAGCGCGGUUAGACACAAAAUAGUGGUGCUCGGCGCGGCAAAAGUCGGCAAAUCGUCGCUAAUAACCCAGUUCCUUUACAACACAUUCUCCCCUAAAUACAAGAGGACGAUUGAGGAGAUGCACCACGGAGAUUUCAACGUCGCAGGCGUUAGACUAACCCUAGAUAUCCUAGACACGUCUGGGGCCUACGAGUUUCCUGCCAUGAGGGUGCUGUCCAUGCAGUCAGCUGAUGCCUUUAUCCUGGUGUAUGAUAUAACGGACGCGGAAAGUUUUGCUGAAGUGAGAACACUCAGGGAUCAGAUACAUGAGACAAAAGAGAGCACGGCAGUUCCAAUAGUAGUGGUCGGCAAUAAAGUGGACUUAGCUGAACAGGGAGAGAGACAGGUGGAGUUCCACACGACGGAGUCAGUGGUCACGGUGGACUGGGAGAACGGCUUCGUGGAGGCAUCCGCGAAAGAAAACAUAAACGUUUCCCAGAUCUUCAAAGAGCUGCUGGUCCAGGCCAAAGUGAAGUACAACCUGUCCCCCGCGCUGCGGCGCCGGCGGCGGCAGUCCCUCCCCACGGGGCCCCAGGGUCCACCGGGCUCCGCCCCAUCACCAUCAGCCUCCACCCAGCCCCACGUCCCAUCAGCCGCCCAGCUCGCCCACCUCCAGCAGAUCAGGGAACGGCACGCGAACAGCAAAAGAAACUCGUGCGUCAUCUCCUAAGCUAUACGCAAUAACAAAUUUUGUCUUCCUAUACUGUAAUUUUGUAUUACUUUAACCUCCGUGUAGAUAUUCGGUGUUUGAGAUACAGGUUUAUACUAUUCGUUCCCUUCCAUGUAUAGCGUAUA